AUGGAUAAAGCAAAGAAUGAAAUAAACCUAAAAGACUUUGUGACAUAUCUUGGCCCUAUAGAGCUUUGGAGUUCCCCAGUCAAAGAGGCUGUUGAAUUCUGCCUUGGAUCAUCGUAUGCUGUUACAAUUUAUUUUGGAGACAUAGAUAAUUUUAUUUUUAUGUAUAAUCGAACAUCUGCGUUUGGAAAAGCGUUUAAGGAAUCUUUACCUAAUACAUAUGACAAUUUGAGAAAAGUUUAUGAACUUAUUUUAAAGGGAAAAAGUGUAUUUAGACGUGACGAUCCUAACCUAGAUCCGAUUGUUGACGAUAAUAUUCUCGAACAGCGCUACUACACUUAUUCAAUGUCUCCAAUUCGUGAGAAGGAUGGUAAAAUUACUGCUAUGUUGGGUGUGUGUGAGGACACAACUGAUAAGUUUCUAAGAAUAGAAAGAAUAGUAAUAAACACUCCUAAUAAUUUGACACAACUUAUCAAGGAGUUAACCGUUGAAAAGCUACAAAUAACUGAAAUUAGGGAGGAAGAAAGUGAAAAUUCUGAAAAUUUGCUUCAUUUAUAUAAUAAGAUCACCAAUGCUGAAGUUCGUAAGGAGAUCGCAAAUAGAGAUGUUAUAAAAUCUUAUUAUUUGUUCGGAAAAGUUCUAUUUCAACGUUUCAAAUAUUACUCUGAUGAAUCUUCCAAUGUACACCAAGCUCAAAUGAGGGUUAAUGAAGAACUUGAAAAACAACUACCUGGUACUACUAAGAAUGCCCGUAAUAAAAGAAAAGAAAGAGCCCAGAAAAUUUAUUCUUUCUUUAAUGAUAUUGGUAUCGAAAAAAUAGAAUUAGUAAAAUCUUUUUCUGCUGACUCUAUUUCGAAGUUAAGUAUAAAGAAAAUCAAAUAUAUAAAAGAUGAAAUUAUGAAAACUCAAAACACGUGA